UCUUAGUCAGGCCCCUGGUCUGGGUCCUGCCGGGCCAUGGCGGCGCUCGGGGCGCUGGCCACGAAGUUGUGGUGCAUCCGGCGUCUGCUGGUCCUGCUGGCCACUCCGCUGGUGCUGCUGCCCAUCCCUUUCAGCCUCCCACCCCAGGAAGGAAAAUGCCUCUUUGUCAUCCUGCUGAUGGCGCUCUACUGGUGUACAGAGGCCCUGCCCUUGUCAGUGACUGCUCUGCUCCCCAUCAUCCUCUUCCCCUUCUUGGGCAUCUUGCCCUCCAGCAAAGUAUGCCCCCAGUAUUUCCUGGACACCAACUUUCUCUUCCUCAGUGGGCUAAUCAUGGCCUCUGCUAUUGAGGAGUGGAACCUGCAUCGAAGAAUUGCACUAAAGGUGCUGAUGUUUGUUGGCGUCCAGCCAGCCAGGCUCAUCUUAGGAAUGAUGGUGACCACCUCCUUCUUGUCCAUGUGGCUCAGCAACACAGCAUCCACCGCCAUGAUGCUCCCCAUCGCCAAUGCCAUCCUGAAGAGCCUGUUUGGGGAGGAGGCUGGAAGAGACCUCGGCUGGGAGAAUGAAGAGAAUUUGGGUGAGAUGGGCAGAGAAGGGGAGGGCUAGCCGGGCCAGACAGCUGCUAACACAAGUCAGCAAAUACUUAUUCAGUGUUCUACAUGUGAGCAUCACCAAGAAGUGGAGGCUCCCCCAGAGAAGACCUCUGAUACGAAGAAGGAGGAGGAGUACCGAAGAAACAUCUGGAAAGGCUUUCUCAUCUCCAUUCCGUACGCAGCCAGCAUCGGUGGCACAGCUACACUCACUGGCACCGCCCCCAACCUCAUCCUGCUGGGCCAGCUGAAGAGCUUUUUCCCACAGUGUGAUGUGGUGAACUUUGGGUCUUGGUUUGUGUUCGCCUUUCCCCUCAUGCUGCUCUUUCUGCUUGUUGGCUGGCUAUGGAUCUCCUUCCUGUAUGGUGGUAUCAAUAUAAGGGGCUGGAGGACAAAAAAAUCAGAAAUCCAAGUAGACGCUGAAGCUCGAGCCCGAGCUGUAAUAAGGGAAGACUACCAAAAUCUGGGCCCAAUCAAGUUUGCAGAACAAGCCGUGUUCUUCUUCUUCUGUUUGUUUGCCAUUCUGCUCUUCUCCAGGGACCCAAAGUUCAUCCCCGGCUGGGCGAGUCUAUUUUCCCCUGGAUUUCUCUCUGACGCUGUCACAGGCAUCUCUAUCGUCACGGUCUUGUUCUUCUUCCCAUCUCAGAAGCCAGCUCUCAAAUGGUGGUUUGACUUGAAAGCUCCCAACACAGAGAUGGAGCCCCUGCUGUCUUGGAAGAAGGCCCAAGAGACGGUGCCUUGGAACAUCAUCCUCCUGCUGGGUGGGGGCUUUGCAAUGGCCAAAGGAUGCGAGGAGUCAGGGCUGUCAGCAUGGAUAGGUGGGCAGCUGCAUCCUCUGGAGAGUGUCCCACCAGCCAUUGCAGUUCUGCUGAUCAGUGCAGUGAUUGCCUUCUUCACUGAAUUUGCCAGCAACACGGCCACCAUCAUCAUCUUCCUCCCUGUCCUGGCUGAAUUGGCCAUUCGCCUGCGCGUCCAUCCUCUAUAUCUGAUGAUCCCAGGCACAGUUGGCUGCUCCUAUGCCUUUAUGCUUCCAGUUUCAACACCUCCCAACUCCAUUGCCUUUGCUUCUGGACAUCUGCUGGUCAAAGAUAUGGUACGGACAGGCCUCCUGAUGAAUCUUGCAGGGGUUUUGCUGCUUAACCUGGCCAUGAACACGUGGGCGCAGAGCAUCUUCCAGCUGGGGGCCUUCCCCGCCUGGGCAGAGGACCACUCCAGCAAUGUCACAGAGAGGCUCCUUGACGAGUACAACACCACUCUUCGGCCCCUCCUCAACGUCUGAGCCCGUCCGAAUGGGUUGCUCGAGGGACUCACUUUUCCAUCCUAGCCAGGCCCUCCGAGAGGGCAUCCCCCAGACCAGGUGCUCAUCUCCAACUGGCCAGCCAAGCUGUUUUGUUUCUCAUCAAAUAACUGCCAGGUGAAGAGGACCUUCAGGACUCCUGCAGAGCCUCAAGGCUCCUUCAAUAGGAUCUAUUCCUCCUCUACUGCCACCUUCCACACCAGCCCCCAACUCCCACAUUGCAUGGCACAGCCACACCUUGGACCAGAUAUUUCAGGGAGCAGUUACUUCCUUUACCCCCAAGGUUUCCUAUUAGUAUUCAGUUGGGCCUUGUGUCUGUAGGCUUCAGGAACCAUUGAAGGAUUUGGAAUCCAACCCCAUGGACAAAUAAGUCCCCUUUCAGGUUUACAAAGUGUUUUCCUCACAACAAGUGUUAUUAUUUUAUAGAUGAGGAAACUGAGGCUCUGAUAUGGGAAGCUAUUUGCUCAUGGUCAUAGUGUUAGAUGCAGGAUUUGAGCCCAGGUCCCUUGACUCCACAUCUUAUACUCUGACAAUUAUACCAUGUUGCCUUUCCUAUGAGGUCCAGGACCUCCUACAAAUUAAGGUUGAGAUAAUUAAAGACUAGAUAGUAGUUCUCCUGCCGUGGCCUUCUGGAGUCUGGGGCCACCUCUGCUCCUUGAGGAGAUGUUGGAGAAAGGAAGAUCAAAUACAACUGACUUGAAAAUGUUAUCUGACAGAAAGAAUUUGUGUUCCUUUUAUCGGAUGUUCAACUCUUUAGGUUAUUUUAGCUCCUACAAUGGUCUUCAGAACUAUCAUUUUUUUAUGUCAGAAUGCCACCAAAUCUUCUGAAAACAUUUUUUUUUAAAUUUUGGAGCCAAACUAAAUUCUAAGCACAUGUACACAUGGGCACACAAUACAUGCACAGAUGAAGUAAGCUUUUGCAGAAUGCCCCAUAGUUGAUUUGCAGAAUGCCCCACAGUCAAUUUGUAAAAUGUUCCAUAGUCAUAAAGUGUAGGGCCAUAGAACCAUAGAUUUCAGAGGCUAUUUAGUUGUAUUCCCUCCUUUUAAAAAUUAGGAAAUGGAGACAUGUCAAACUGGCCAGUCCCUGGUGGCAGAAGGGAAUAGUUAAAAUGAACUAUGGUGAAUUAGAGAUUGAGGCUAUGGAGUCUCUUGCAUAGAAUCACCCAGGUGGAAGGACCUUGAAGACUUCAAAUACAAUCCUCCCUGAACAAGAAUCCUUUCAUCAGCAUCUCUCCCUGUGGGUUAUCUGACUGUUGCUUGGGGACAUCCAAUGACAGGGAACCCUUACCUCCCCAGGCACCCUUUUCCCACUUUGGGAUACCUCCAAUUAUUGGAAAGUCUUCCCUCACAUUGAGCCAAAAUCUGCCCCUCUUCAACUUCUCUACCAGAUGCCCCUAGUUUUGCCUUCAUGAGCCAUAGAGAAUGACUUCUCUUUCAUGCACCAGACCUUCAAAUACUUCCAGGGGAUAAUCAUGCCCCAUCCCUUGGUCUUCUUGUCAGGUUAAAUACCCCAUCCCUCUGGUUAGGCUCCUAUGGCAUGGUUUCUAGUCCCUAGUCCUUUUAAAAAGAGGAUUAACCGCUAUCCUAGAGGAUCCAUUCAAAGGGUUUGUUACCAAAGCAUGAAAUAGCCUCCUGAAGACUUGAUGACUAAUUCCAGGUCCCAGCUGUGCAUUUUAGAUAGGGUUGCCCCGCCAUCUCUAGAAUCCCCUUUAGAAGAAAGAGGUAAACCCUUAACUGAAGGAUCAGACCUGGUUCAUUCUGACUUUCAGAACCUUAAAUCCUAGGUAACAAUUGUGACUUGGUUGUCCUCACUUCUUCCAAGGAAAUAACAUUUCAUUUUUUGUAAAACACUGUGAUACUGGUAGAGACACAUUCAGGGAGAUAGCAGAGAACCAAGCCUCCAGAGUGUCUGCUUCUCCCACUGAGAACAUCCAGGAGCAAAAGAUGAAAGAAACACAAUAUGGCUUGGAAUUUUCAGUAUGAGCCAUAUUUAGGGAAAGCAAUGCUAUUUAAAUUUAUUUUCUUCAGUGUAUUUGUGUGCCUUCAUUUCCUUUUAGCCUAUCCUAGUUUUUAGGGAGUUGAUUUCUUCAGUGAAUUUUCCCCCCAGCUGUUGAGUGUUUCUGUCUAUUUUCUUAAUAUUUGAAAUAUUUGAUUUUUAAACUUCUUUUCAAGUUUUUUCAGGGGUUCUUUUUUGAGCCUGACAUACUUUCAUACUCUGCUUUGAGGCUUCAUGUGUUUCUUCUUUGACAUUUUUGCCAUUUUCUGAGUCCAUAUUUUGGUCUUCCCUGUUAUUUAAAUUUAUGAGAGGAAAAAAAAUGAUCUACCACAGAGUCUUAUCUGGUUGAUUUUUGUACUUUCAGUGAAAGGACUUGUAGGCACCAAGGAUUUCCUCUUAUUCUUCAAGCUCCACUUAUAAAUCACUCUUUAUUUUCACUUGUAUUCAUAGAGUCAGAGAAUGUCAGAAAGGGAGUGACCUUAGGACAUAAAUUGUCAGAGCCAGGGGGGACCUUGGAACAGAGGACGUCAAAGCUAGAAGGAGCCUUAGAGCAUGGAAUGUCAGAAACUAGGAGGAAUGCCAGAACUUCCUUACCAUUUUUAUAUCAUAGGUCUUAGAAAAUAAUUUGUCAGAGCUGGGAGGCCCCUUAGAACAUAGAACAUCAGCUGGAAUGGACUUUCCAUCCCAGGAUGAUGGAAUUUGGAAGGCCCCUUAGAACAGUGAAUAUCAGAGCUAGAAAGGACCUCUCUGGAGCAAUUGCAUCUAUUCCAACCCCCCUCACUCACCCUUGAAGAAGAGAAAAUUGAGGCCCACAAUGCCUUAUCCAAAGUACUGCAGUUAGCAAAUAGUAGAGCCUGGAUUCUAACCCUAGUCUCCUGCCUUUUGAGACUGGGGCUCUAUAUAGCACACCUUAUACUUUAUGCAUCAUAUUGGAAAAAGUCAGGUAAUGAAAUCAAUGAUGAACCAGGAAGGCCUUUUUAGAAAAGUGGGAUCUGUCUAGCUUUAUUCAGGCUGGUGGCUGGAGGAAAUAAUCCCAGGUAUUUAUUUCUAUUUUGCUUUAUUAUAAGUAUGACUGUGGGGGUGCCUGCCCUCCCUCUUCUUGAUUUGCCCCACUUACUUGCUCAUUAGUACCAGAAAAUCCUAUAAUUUGGGACCAGGCCUUCCUAGGAGAGGGAAGCCAGGGGCUAUAACUUAGUUAUACUGGGGGAUAAAUGACUGGUAUCACAACCUUUUCAUGGGGAAGGGAGAGAGGAAGGGAGGGCUUUGAGCUCUGAGACUAUACCAGGGAACAAACACCAUCUACCUUGAAUCACAUUUGCUGUUGAUAAGACAAUUCCCUCACAAUCUUUUCAUGUGUCAAGGGGUGGGAGCAUCUGCCUGAGAGCCCAUUUCCAGAGCCCAUAUGCAGACAUCUUGAGAUGUCUUGAUUAACAGAGAAUUCUUGAUUAUAAAAUUCAUAUAAUAAAGGAUCUUAAUUGGAA